AUGAAUCAAGAUAGAUAUUCUCUAAUAGAUAAUGCCGCCAAUUCAAGUAUAGCACCAGAAUCUGGAUACGAAUCAGGAGAAGCAGUUUUUAAUAAACCAAAGACGUUUCGACAACAUGUUGCAGCUUUUGCAGCCACACUCUCAGCUCUUGCUGCUGGAUCAGUUUUAGCAUGGACUUCUCCAAUCCUCACUGAUCUAGAAAAAGGCAAAUUCAAUGAUAUACAAUUAGAUAGUGACCAGAUAGGAUGGAUAGGUUCCUUUGUUACACUAGGCGCAAUGACUAUGUGUAUACCCACAGGCUUCAUUUGUGACAUCAUCGGUCGGAAGAAGACUUUGCUCUUACUAUUUGCACCUUUUACAGUAGGAUGGAUAUUAAUAAUAUUCUCUAAACAUGUUUUGAUGCUGUACUUUGGUAGGUUAUUCACAGGAGCAGCUUCUGGUGCUUGUUGUAUAGCUGCUCCCAUAUAUACAAGUGAAAUUGCACAUAAAAGUGUUAGAGGAACAUUAGGGAGCUAUUUUCAAUUGAUGGUCACAGUGGGAAUAUUUUUUGCUUAUAUUUUAGGAAAAUAUUUAUCUCCAAUUAAUUUUACUAUUGUGUGUGGUUCUCUUCCAUUUAUAUUCCUCUUAACUUUUUCUUUUCAACCCGAAUCGCCAGUAUUUUUGUUGAAACGAGGUAUGUAUGACAAAGCCAAAGAAGCUUUGAUAAUUUUAAGAGGUGAAGGUUACAAAAUAGAUUCAGAGUUAAACGAAAUUGAAGGUUACUUAAAAGAGAGUACUCAAGCUACUAUUUCUCUAACUGAAACAUUCAAACAGGGCGCUGUUAUCAAAGCUUUUGUAAUAUCAUGCUCUUUGAUGUUCUUUCAACAAUUUAGUGGUAUUAAUGCUAUAAUUUUAUACACAACAAAUAUUUUUGAAACUUCUGGAGUUGAUUUAGAUCCCCAUGAUGCUGCAAUUCUAGUUGGUUUCUUUCAAGUAAUUACCACAUUUGUGACAGCCGCAAUUAUUGAUAGAUUGGGUAGAAGAAUUUUGCUGUUUGUUUCAGCUUUGUUUGUAACUAUUACAAUGUUUCUUUUGGGUGCAUUUUUUACUCUCAAAAACAGAACCGACGUGGGCGAAAGUGUUAUUACAAAAUUAGAAUUUGUGCCUGUAAGCGCUUUGUGCAUUUUUAUUAUUGCUUAUUCAAUAGGUUUGGGUCCUAUACCAUGGGUCAUUUCUUCGGAAAUUUUUCCUACUGAAAUCAAGAGUAUUACCAGUUCCACAGCUGGAACCUGCAACUGGUUUUUAGCAUUUAUAUUAACCAGAUUCUUCUUACAGGUGUCUAAUUAUAUAGGGCAAGAUAGCACUUUCUAUAUAUUUGGGUCUGCUUCAAUGAUAGGAAUAUUUUUUGUUUACAUUUUUGUACCAGAAACAAAAGGGAAGAGCAUCAUUGAAAUCCAAGCUAUUUUGAAUAACAACUAA